GGCAUCAGCCCGGGUGUGAGUCAGUAUGUUAUACUCUUCCCCAGCCGUCCGAUCUGGAGCGUCUAGUCCCUGACUCCCCCGAUUACUCUGGCGAGCAGGUAGCUGCUGUUCGUGACCUUAUCCAUCGCAACUCAUCUGCUUUUGCUUGGGAUGGUGAACCUUCGAACCAAUAUCCUACAACAUAG